CGCUUGCCUUGCGCUCGCUUGAAGCGAAGAGAGACGAUUUUGCAGUUGUUUAUCACACAAGAGGUAUUUGGAUUUCGUAUGUGUCCAAAUUUAGAAUUAUUCUUCGUAUAAUUCGCGUUCAAAAUAAUUCUUGCCAUCUUUGUAUAGCAAAUACUUGUCAUAUUUGAUAGAGCUGUAGGCAAAACAUUAUUUUGUUGUUAUUUACCGCCUAUCUCUGCUCUUUUGCCUGCCUUAUUUACAAUGUCAAUGCAGAAUUCCUCAGGCCUCGCAUCUUUAACUGCAACAUAUACUGAUUCGGAAGCAGAAGAUGAAACUGGAGAUAUUUCCAGCCCUUCACCAGAAAAGCCCAAGCCCCUUCCUCCAGUUGUGGUAUCACCUUCCGUACGCCAUCAAAAUGCCAAGAGACUUGCCCAGUUAGUAUCAUAUCAUGAUGACACUAUUGUCUCUGAUGAGGAAGGUGAGGGUGGUGCAGUGUCGGAUGAUGCUAUGGAAACUAAAGAAGAAGUUGAAGAAAAGGCCGUAGAGGAGGCUGAACCAGAAGAAGAAAUUGAGCCUACUAUGGAUGGAGUUAAAUUGCCUCCUGAACCGCAAGGACAUUGCUCCAUGGCACUUCAAGACAAAAUCAAAAAGUUUCAUGAUAGACUAAAGAGUAAUGUAAAUUUUGACAUGAAUAAGCUUAUCCAGGACAGAAAAGACUUUCGCAAUCCUAGCAUUUAUGAGAAGCUAGUUCAAUUUUGUGAGCUCAAUGAACUUGGUACUAAUUAUCCUCCUGAAAUUUAUAAUCCUCUUAUGUGGGGCAAAGAAUCAUACUUUGAAGAAUUAGCAAAAGUUCAGAAAGCAGAGACAGAAAAAAGAGAAAAGGAGAGAAAAGAAAAGACAAAGGUCGAGUUUGUAUCUGGCACAGCGAAGCGAACAGCCGGAGUCAGUCUUCUUUCAGCUGAAGAGGAGGCUAAGAGGCGGAAAUCAAAAUGGGACCAAGUAGGCGGUGUUGGUGGCAGUGUAGCAGCUCCUGUUGUAAGACCUGUUGGGUUAAUGCAGCAUCCUGCCCUUACCACUAGUGCUACUGGUACUAAAGGGACUGUAAUAUCAGCAUUUGGUUCUCUCCCCAAAAAACCCAAAACUUGAGCUCUUUAGUUAACUUAGUCAAAAAUUUUAUAAACUAUCUAAUUAUCUCUUUUUUUAGAUGUACCAUACUGUUCUUGUCUCUUAAGACUGUUGCAGAAACUGUUGUUGCAAAUUUCAACCUCAAAUCUUGUAGUAAAAUGUAAAAUGUUGAAAUUUGUUUUCUACGAUUAAAAUUAGGUUCAAUAGAUGAUAAACCGACUGUUAUAUUGAUAGUAAACAAUUCUUAUUAAAUGAGUUAUUUUUGCAAUGCAUGUAUUUUAUAUACUUGAGGGUCUCUAUAAACAUUUCUCAUACACUCAAUUAAAUUUUUGUUAAACUUU